AUUUAUCUAUAUAAAGGAGUUUAAUUAACUGUUAUGAUACAGACAUUGCCCGGUUUCAAAGCAAGGGGUAUAGGGAGAAUAAAAGCUACCUUUUUAUCUCCUAUUGGUGUUGGGUUGUGUUGUGUUCUUUGUUUUCUCCUUCUUCCUUGGCUGAUUUCUUCUCUCUUUCUUCUUCAUCUUCUUGGGUUAACGAGCCUCUUUUUGUAAGUUAAUUGGGUGGAAAGACAUGUCGAGCUGCACCGAUGCUGGUCCCGAGCAACUUUGCUACAUCCCUUGCAACUUUUGCAAUAUAGUUCUUGCGGUGAGUGUUCCUUGCAGCAGUUUGUUUGACAUCGUGACCGUCCGAUGCGGGCACUGCAGUAAUCUAUGGUCCGUGAAUAUGGCAGCUGCGUUUCAGUCACUUUCAUGGCAAGAUGUUCAGGCCCCCAACAACACGCCAGAUUACAGAGUUGACUUGGGUUCCUCCUCCAAAUGCAACAACAAGAUAUCACUGCGACCACCAACUCAUCAUGUGCCUGAGGAAAGGGUUGUCAAUCGACCUCCCGAGAAGAGGCAGCGAGUACCUUCUGCCUAUAACCAGUUCAUAAAAGAGGAGAUCCAAAGGAUCAAGGCUAAUAACCCAGAUAUCAGCCACAGGGAAGCUUUCAGUACCGCUGCAAAGAAUUGGGCACACUUCCCUCAUAUCCAUUUUGGGCUGAUGCUGGAGGCCAACAACCAACCUAAGCUGGAUGAUGCUUCUGAUAAGCGUCUCGUGUCAAGGGCAGCCCUCCUGAAUAAAUGAAGGAUGUUGUUCAGUUUUCAAGAGCACUGCUGCAGUGAAGUGUGAGCUCCGGCAGUAAAGAAAGUCGACUGAAACUUAAUGACUUUAUAUUCUUCUUCACUGUUUAUUUGUCUCGAGUACGUUGUUUAAUUAUUUAAUUAGGUCAUGUUAAGCUACUUUUCGUUGGCUGUCUUUGUUGAUCAAUGGCUUUUCAAUUAAAGAUAUUUUGACUUUAAUGACUUUCAAAACA